AUGAGGGGUUCACUACUUUCUCUCCUAACGCUCACCAGCGCAGUUAGCGCAUGGCUCCCAGCAGAGCGUGGACUCUUCAAGUCUGAGGCUCGAAGCCUCUCCAUCGGCCAGGGCCGAUCCCUCACCAAACGCUUCAACCCCGACAAAAUCCGCGGCGUCAACCUCGGCUCCCUUUUCAUCGUCGAGCCAUGGAUGAUGAGCCAAGCAUGGGGCGACAUGGGCUGUGGCGACCAAAAGUCCGAGUUCGACUGCGUGAACAAGCUCGGCCAGGAUGCCGCUGACGCUGCGUUCAAGAAACACUGGGACACGUGGAUUACUGAGGAAGAUAUGGACAAGAUGAAGGAGUAUGGUAUCAAUGCUAUCCGUGUGCCUGUCGGCUACUGGAUGGUCGAGGAACUCGUCGACCCGAGCGAGCACUUCCCCCGCGGCGGACUCGAGUACCUAGAUCGCCUUGCAGGCUGGGCAGCGUCGCGUAACAUGUACAUGAACCUGGACCUGCACGGAGCCCCGUACUCGCAGGAGAUCCACCAGCCGUUCACCGGCCAGUACUCCGAAGACGCCGGCUUCUACCAAACCUCCCAGUACGAACGCGCCUACACCUUCCUCCAAAAAAUGACAGAGCACAUCCACAAAACAGACGCCUACCGCACCACAGGCAUGAUCGAGGUCCUCAACGAGCCCCAGCGCACGCACGACACCCUCAUCCCGGAAUACUACGCCACGGCCUACGGCAAGAUCCGCGAGACAGAAGCCUCCCUCGGCGUCGCAGACGACAAGAAACUCACCAUCCAGUUCAUGGCUGAGAGCUGGGGCGCCGGAAACCCGCGCACUGCCGUCGAGGGCAAGACAGACGUUGCGUUCGACGACCACCGCUACCUCAAGUGGGCGAGCAUCGACCAGAGUAAGCCGAGCUACAUCGCGACGUCGUGCGGCGAUACGUUCGGCGGGAACGACAACAGCCCGAUUGUCGUCGGCGAGUGGAGUUUGGCGGUCGACGAUGCCCAGGAGAGCAAUGCCGACUGGGAGCCGCAGGGCAACAAGGACUGGUACAAGCAGUGGUGGGGUGCGCAGGUGCAGGCGUACGAGAAGGGCCUUGGGUGGUUCUUCUGGUCGUGGAAAGUGCAGCUGGGCGAUGAUUACAGGUGGGGGUACAGGCAGGCUGUCGAGGCGGGCGUUAUCUCUCAGAACAUUGACGACGCUGCUGGUCUGGCUAAGUGCUAG